AUGGCUUCGGGACAAAAUGAUCCCAAGCUGCUCUAUGCCAUCGAUGGCGUUCAAGCGUAUCAUAUCAGCAACGGCCAAGAAGUGCCUCUAAACCCUGCUGGUCCCCAGACGCUGUCUCUUCUGAUGGUGCCGGUCUCGUCACCUUUCGCCGACAUCUCUGGCCUCGGCACCCCCGCAGAGGACUUCUAUCUGCACCUGCAUUUGCCGCCGGAGCUCGACCUUCCUUUGCCAGCCACUACGCAGAUCUACCACCAACCGCCAUCCAGCUACCUCAUCCCGAGAUGGGAUCUGGGUCCCGACAGCGGCGCCUUUACUCGCAUCGAGUUCCCCAGGGCCGGCAGCAGGAAAGGCCUGCAAGAAGACGUUGACACCUUCGAGACCAUACUCGCCCAAUGCACCGCUUUUCUCGAACGCACGCCCGCACCCCACAAGUCCAGUGCCGUACCUGCGCCGACCCUUCAGGCCGCAUCGUCCGCCACAUCGUCCGCCAAAUCCGCCGCCAAAUCCUCCGCCAAGUCAGAAAAGCUUCCGGCCUACAAUCCGGCAGCCUUCCAACCGGGAGAGGGCUAUGCCCAGGGCAGCCACAGCUCGAACAAGGGCGGCAAGAUAGUUCUGGUCGAUGAGGAAGAUGGCAGCGUCAUUGGCGAGCUGACCGAUGGAUAUCAGCUGGAUGAUAGCAGCAUUAAGCCUGGCUCCAAAGAGCCGGUCGAAAUCGCCUUGCCCGCCGACAGCACCCAGGCCGUCACAGUACAGCCAGCGUCUCAGGAGUACAUGGAUAUGGCCAUGCACCCGGCGUACAAAAAAUCCUCUCUCGUGAGCAGCGCAUCCCGAGCGUCGAGGCUCAUCGUCACCUCGUCCGACAUCAUCGCCAAGGGACUACAAAGCGGAGCCGAGGCGUUCGCUCACAACACCACGCCGGUGGCGAAGCCCGUGACCUUCAACCCCGCCACACACGAGCACAUCCGCCGCAUCAACCGUUUCUCCAGCAAGGCCGCCGACAUGUCGGCAACCACCGUCGGCCAGAUCAGUCGAGUUGCGCAGAACGUCGGUGCGUCUUUGGCGGGGAAGAAAACCGGGGCCGGGAGUGGUUACGACGAGGACGGCAACCCCAUCGAGUCGUACAAGCCCGGUCUGCUCAACAGGAGCCUGAUGGCAUUCAACACGGUCGUCGACGGCAUCGAGCUCGCGGGGAAGAACCUUCUGGGCGGCACCACGUCGAGCAUCACCCAGAUGGUAGAGCACCGGUGGGGCCCCGAGGCUGGCCAGGCAUCUCGGAAUCUCGGGGGCGGUUUCAAGAACGUGGGGCUCGUCUACAUCGACGUCACCGGCGUUUCCAGGCGGGCCGUGCUCAAGAGCGUUGCCAAGGGCAUGGUUGUGGGCAAGGUCGCCAACGGUGGAGGCCGCAUCAUCGUCGGGGGCGGCGAUGGAGGGUCCGUACCCCAGCCUCUUUUGGAGUAUAGGGACAGCAGCAGCAAGAGCGGCACGGCGAGUAUCAUCACGGCACAAGGACAAGGAGGAGUCGGGAACGGACAGAACCGAAACCGUGCCGGUGCCGGUGCCGCUCCCUAA